AUGGCCGAUCCUCCGAGUGCUCAACAGCUGUCGUGUACGACGAUUAACGAUUUCCCGGAGGAGAUCUUGCUCGAGAUCGUCAAGAAUACUAAGGACUCAUAUUCGUGGGACCGAAAGGCAGUUCGGAAGAAUUAUUAUAAUCUCUGCUUGGUUAAACCAUUCAGACGAGUUGCGACGGAGUUUCUCUACUACCGCAUCGAUCACCUCGGGGUUGGAUUGGUGAAGCUCUUGCACACUGUGCUUCUUCACCCCGAACUAGCUGCGCUAAUCCGAGUGUUGGACUUGGGAUGGGAAACCGCGUCGGAUAUCUCCCCUACCAAGGGAGACCUCGACCUCGUCGCUGAACACAUUGAGAAACUAGCUCUUACGGCCGAGAACGAGAAAAGUUGGAUCCUUCACCUGGAGGACGAUUGGGCGUGUGCGACUGUCUAUACAGCGGUGCUUCUUCUUCAUGCGCCGAAUAUCACGGUUCUUGGAGCCCCUUAUGACAGAGACAACUUCCCCGUAUUCUUGGAUGAGCCCUGUUUCUACUGGGCCGCAGCAUUCCACCGAAAUUUCUACGCGGCCCCUCAGCCACCGAUACCGAAAUAUCAUCAGCUGAAGAGCAUCUCCAUCAUCGAGAACUCCAUUUAUGUCGAGGACAUUAUUCCGAUAUUUCAGCUGCAAUCUCUCCAGUAUCUGAGAGUUUCCGCCCUUGUAGAGCUGCGCACCGAAAACGCUUGGGCCUGGCCUUCAUCAGCCUUUGGCAAAGGCAUGUCCAAUAUAAAAGUCCUGAAGUUGGACGAUUGUGGCAUUGAGCCUGAAGCCCAGGGGCUCAUGGUCUCAGCUUGUAGGGCUCUUGAGGAAUUCUGCUAUGAGCCGAGCCAUUACUUGACAGGCAAAUACCGGCCUGCUUCCGGGGUCAUCGAUCUCAACCCCAUCUCGAGAGCACUCCAAGCAAGCAAAUUGUCCCUGCGAAAACUGAUCUUUCAUCAUACGAUGAUCAGCGCCUUUUACGACAAUUGCACAAUGAUCGCCCAUCACUUCCGGGACUUCCCUCGCCUAGAAACGAUCCACCUGGAUGCUGCCUUGAUAUUUACCGCCGAAUCACCUUUUCCCAAGUUAUCGUGCAUACUACCAUCCGGUAUCAAGCAGCUAUGCAUACGCCACACGUGGUAUGACCUAUUCGAAAACCUCAUGUCCUUCGACGGACCGCUUUCUGAUAUGGUCGGAACUGCUGGUACAGUCUUUCCCAGCCUCAUGCAGCUCAGUAUUGGUACCGGGGGAUGUUUUCCAGCUCCAGGAUACGACCACAGAUUGGAAAAAGAGUUCAGCCACCGCGGUAUCUGGGCAUACUCAUUCUGGGACGGUAGCGGAAUUCGGUAG